AAACCCUCCAGAUCCCGCGAGCAAUUCGCCCAACAUGGCUGCGGAUAAGGCUCGCUUCUAUAUGGAGCAGUCGCUUCCUGAACUUCAGGAACUCAAAAAGAAGAAAAUUUUCACCGAGAAAGAAAUUAGCGACGUGGUCAAGAAGCGUAAUCAAUUCGAGUUGCGAGUCAAUGCCUCAGGCUGCAAUGCCCAGGAUUAUAUCCGCUAUCUUGAGUUCGAAAUCAACCUCGACCAACUCCGCAAGAAACGAAUUAAGCGACUAGGUGUCAAACUAAACCGUAAUGCGAGCUCGGGCCAGCGCAGGAUAUUUUUCAUCCUGGAUCGGGCUACUCAGAAGUUUUACGGAGAGCAGGUACUGUGGAUGCAGUAUAUUGAGUAUGCCCGGAAGGAGAAGGCGGGAAAGAUACUUAAUAAGGCUCUUAUGAAUGUUCUCAGACUUCACCCGACAGAGCCGCAGUUUUGGAUCUUCGCAGCAUCAUGCGCAAUCGAGGACAAUAUGGACAUCACGGAAGGUAGAAGCUAUUUACAGAGGGGUUUGAGGUUCAGCAAGGCUUCGAGGGUGCUCUGGGUGGAGUACGCAAAGUUAGAGAUGGUUUUUAUUGCGAAGGUACUUGCCAGAAGAGAAUUGCUAGGGAUUGAUGCACCUACAGUGGAUGAAUAUGGGGUCGAAGAGGAUGAGGAAGGAAAUAUAAAGUUGCCACAAAUUUCGGCCGAAGAUAUCGAUCCCUCUAUCAAGAAGGACCACUCCCUCGAUACGGAGGCUUUGGAGAAUAUAGAGGCAAAUCCAGCUCUCAACGGUGCUAUUGCGUUAGCUAUAUUUGAUUCGGCGGUUAAGGAAAUUCCGAAUGAUGUCCAAUUUGCUGAGGACUUUUUCAACGUCUUUGCACGGUUCGGUCACCUGCGUUGCGCCAUGAAAAUUCUCGAGCAUGUCAUCACCUAUAGUCAGGAGGUCGCUCCCACAGCCCCCCAAACACUCUCCAUGUGUGUCAAACUACCUCUAAUUGGAGCCGACCCCACUGAGCCAACCUUCCCUAGUUUCCUUCGAACUGCUAUUUCCCGGAUGGCUGAGGUUGUGAAAGCUGCCACGACAAAAGCACCCUUAUAUGCGUCCUUCAUAAAGUCUAUGGUUGACAUAGCGACCCUCCAAGAAGUAGAUUCGGACAUCCGCAAGGUCGCUACAUCGAUGGCAUUAAAGUACUUCCGGCAGGCAGAGGAACAGGGAGAAACCACGGCUGAAACAUAUCUCUAUUUCGCAGAGUUGUGUGGGAAGAGCAGUAUCAAUGGCGUAGAUACCAAGGGAGCUUUAGAAAGGGGGGUUUCCAAAUAUCCCAAUCACGACAAGUUACAGGCACUUGCAUCUCGAGUUCGAUCUCCGGAGGGAGCUAUUUUGAGAAAAAGUACAUUUUUGUAG